CUAAGGGAGCCAGGGUGACCGAGGGAGAGGCCAAGAGAGGCAGGAAGAGUUGGCAAAGGAGUGGUAGAGAAGGAAAGGAGGCUGAGCCGCCACGGGGGACAGGAAGCGGGGGAGCUGUCUUGAGAUUGGCGCCUGGUGAGCUCUGCCCUGCCCCCUCCAUGCAGUUUCCCAUGGGCCCCGCCUGCAUCUUCUUAAGAAAAGGCAUCGCUGAGAAACAGCGGGAAAGACCACUGGGACCAGAUGAGAUUGAAGAGCUCCGGGAAGCAUUUCUUGAGUUUGACAAGGACCGAGAUGGGUUCAUCUCUUGUAAGGAUUUGGGGAAUCUCAUGAGGACAAUGGGUUACAUGCCCACGGAGAUGGAACUGAUUGAACUGGGCCAGCAAAUCCGCAUGAACUUGGGUGGCCGUGUAGAUUUUGACGAUUUUGUGGAGCUGAUGGCCCCCAAAUUGCUUGCAGAAACAGCUGGGAUGAUUGGUGUCCAGGAGAUGCGAGAUGCUUUCAAGGAAUUUGAUGCCAACGGAGACGGGGAGAUCACCCUGGGGGAGCUGCAGCAGGCCAUGCAGAGGCUCCUGGGAGACAAGCUCACUCCCCAGGAGAUCUCCGAGGUUGUCCAGGAAGCCGACAUUAACGGAGAUGGCACCGUCGACUUUGAAGAGUUUGUGAAGAUGUUGUCUCGUUGAGGAGGUUCUGGAAUCCCACGUCACUCUCCACCUGGUCAACAUGGAUCAAGCCCUAGUGGAGGACCACAUCCCCAUGGGCCCUCAAAGGAGAGAGGGUGGGAGACUGGCAUUGCAGCGCUAUGGAUUGAGGUUAGACUGUCGUAGGGGUUAGAUGGGGUAGGAGUUACAUCUCUGGAGCUGGUUUAAGAAGGAAGAGUCUGCGUGUGGAAAUGUGAACGGAACAGUCUAGCUGCCGCUCCCCAGAUUCCAAAGACUAAUGACAUCUUUGGACUUCACAGUGAUCCUAAAUCCCUAUAACCUGCCAGAGUCUCUUCCCGCAGUUCCUCUGGGUUAAAGUCGUCUUUUCCCCUGUUAGACUCAAAGAGUUCAGCACAGAGUCUACCAUUCCCCCUUCUUGCUUCAACUGCUUCAAAUCUCCUCAGUUUCUUUCUCUCAGUAGAAGGAGGCAUGUCAAUCAUGAGGCUAGAAACAGCGUUCUUGAUAAGACUGGGCAUGGAACUGGUUAAUUAAAGAGGCAUCCAAGUGAGAUUACCGCCCCCCCACACACCCCUCCUUGAUUUCUUGGAAGCACAGUCUGUUUUUAUCUCUCUAGCCUCCUACUUCCUUCUCCUUGUGUCAGAUACUCGGGCCACUGAAUUAAAUCACAAAUCUGGAUUAUCAAGGUUUAGAGCAAGCUGAUCCCCCAGGGAAUUAAUCCCCCUGGAAAUGACAUCAUGCAGAGAGAGAGGAUGGGUUCUUCCAAAUCCUCGGCUCAGCCGGUCCUGCAAAGCCAUUCCUGGAUGCCCCCUGCCUCUGUGUGGCUCUGCCCUGGGCUGCUCAGGGAGGUUCCCUCUGUUAGAUUCCAUCCCUCACCUCCUGACCCUGAUCUGUGCUGGGAAACUGGAAAGAUAUAUUCCUCCUUACCUCUGCCUGCUA